AUGGACAUGCUCCUUCUUCUGUACUUUCUUGCACUUGUCAUUCUCAUCCUCAUUCUUGCCAAAGUCUAUGAACAUUAUUGCAUUGAAAAUAUCAUGGUUGUCAAAACUAGAAAAUCCAUCUCCAAUGUCGUGUCCAUAUGGCAAUCGUUGGCAUUGAUGCUCUUCCAACCAAGCAUACCCCUUUCCGAGAAACUCUUUUCACUCUGCAAGGAAUUUAAUCAUGAACCUUUUUUAUUCUUUAACAGAGGACUCUUUCCAACUUUGGUGUUUUCUUCACCUCAAUCUGCAAAAACCAUUCUCAUUGAUCAUUUUCAUCAUUUUGAGAAGGAUUUAUGUAUUCAAACGCCAAGCUACAGACAAUUAUUGGGAAAGAGUAUAUUCAUGUUGAAUGGAGACAAGUGGAAAGUAAAUCGAUUGGUGUUGGAUCCUUCAUUUCAUCAUGUUGGAAAAUAUUGGAAUAUCAUGACAGAGAAGGCAAAUACUUGUGUGACUAAUUUGAAAAGAUUUUAUUCUCAAGAUCAAGAACAUUCCAACCCUUCCUUUUCCAAUCGUAUUUUAGAGAAUUGGAGUGAAAAGAUCCGUUCUCCUCAUAGCAGCGAAAAUUCUUUCAAGCUUGCAAUUUCAGACGUGGUUUCAUGUUUUUGCAUGGAUCUCAUUGGAGAAUCGUAUUUAGAUUGUGAUUUUAAUUAUUUAGAUCCAUCGUCAAGUUCUAAGGAGGAAAUCAAAGCACGUCAUUCUCUGGAUUACAUUAUCAAAUGCAUGAAUAGUGUGGAAAGAUUACUCGGUGGUGUCUUAUACACCCUGUUACCCAUUGUUGAUAAUUUGAAAAUGCAAAAAUCAUUUUUAACACUUGACAAAUUUGUGGAAUCCAUCAUUGACAAGAAGAGAGUGGAACACGUGGAUCGAAGAGUCAUUGAUAAUGUUCAACCCAAUUUGGAAAGUUCUUUGGAUUUUUUAUUUGAGGCCAAUCAGAAUAGAAAUCCAACGUAUCGUGAAGAUAUGCAUUCUCCAGCGUCGAGAAUUCAAAAUCCUCUUCCACUUUCGUCCCUUCUCAAAAACAAACUCGAAUUGAAUGACAGCCAACUUUCCGUGUCAGAUGCCAACGUGAGAGACAAUACCAAAUUAUUUCUCCUUGCGGGUCAUGCAAAAACAGCAUCGUCCUUGUGUUUCCUCUUAUUGAAUGUGGCCUUAAACGAGCGAGUUCAAACACGACUGUAUGACGAGUUGAGAAAUGCAUUUCCAGAACGAUUUAACAGGGAACAAUUCGAUGGUUAUUGUGAAUUUGUGUUACAAUCGAUUGAAGAUGUAACUACCUUGGAUCGUUUACCCUAUGUAGAAUGUGUCAUUCGUGAAAAUUUGAGACUGAAUCCUCCCAUUGGUUAUCUUUCUAGAAUUUCCAAAAAAAGCAAAAUUGUAGACGGCAUCAAAAUUCGUAAAAAUUGUCGUCUCUUACUCUCUCUAAAGGGAAUUCAAAAUAACAUCAAAUGUUGGGGACUCGAUGCUGAAACAUUCAAUCCAGAAAGAUUUCUCAAUCGUCGAUCUUCCACACGAGAUUAUUCCUAUCUUCCAUUUGGAGCUGGAGAACGAGUGUGUCCUGGCGAUCGGUUCACAAUAUUGGAACAAAAGAUUUUCAUAGCUCAUUUGUUAUGGAAAUAUCAAAUUCGAAUGAGUCAGUCAGUAGGUAAUGUUUCAGCAACAACAGCAUCAACGGAUCAACAGUCAUGGAGACGUCGUUGGGCUCAAAGUAGUGAUAACUGUCUGAAGAGAAAUUAUCAUCAUGAUCGGAGUGGCUCGUUGAAUUCUAUCAAGUCUUUUUCUGAUCGAUCCGAAUGUCCAAGAAGUUCUCUAGCAAAAACAUCCACUAACACGAAUAUUGAAACAUCGGAUCAGACUCGUCUGGACAAACAAAAAGAUCCUUCACCCAAAUUCGAACAUGAUAUACAAUCGUUUCAUGAAAUACCUGGACCAAAAGGCUUGCCACUUGUGGGUAAUGCCAUGGAAUUGGCUCGGCAUUCAAAAAACAUUAAUCAAUAUUUUGUGGAUUUAGUUCAACAGUAUGGUGAUAUGGUACGAUUGAAUAUGUUUGGAAAACGAAUGUUAAUUUUGGCCAAUCCAGAGCUACAUAUUGAACUUGCUCGUGUCGAUGAAGGACGUUCUCCCACAUAUCCAUUGAGGCAAGUCAAGAAGGAAAAUGGAAUGAUUUUAACUCCCAUUGAAUUGGAGAGUCAUGAGGAUUGGCAACAAAUGAGAAAAUUAUACAAUGUUGCGUUGAAACCUGAUUUUCUCGAAAAUAUUUCAUUACCUCAAUUGACGGAAUUGAAUAGUUAUUUUUUGAAGAGCUUAAUAACUGGACAUUUACGUAGACAUGAUGACGAAUUGACCUAUGAAUGUGUCAAUGUUUGGAAAUUUAUUACACAGUAUACUUUCAAUGCUGUUUUGAAGAUAUUCCUAGGAGAAAAACUUGUUGAUGAAAAUUUGAAAAAACUACCUUUCGAGUUUGAGGAUUUUGUGUCCACUGUGAUGUGCAGUUUAGAUUUGGCCAUCAAAAUGUCAUUUCAAAUACCACUGUACAAAAUAAUGAAAACCAAAGACUAUUUGGCAUUGAAAUAUGCCUAUGAGACAAGUAUUGACAGAGCUCAAACGUGCAUUCGACUAUUUGCAAGUCCAUCCUCGUCCAAACCGCGAUUAAAAGAAAUUGUCGAAGAGAAAGCAAAAGAUAUGGAACGAAAAGAGGAAGCAGUGGCGAUCACACUCGCGUCAUUUCUUAUGGCAGGUGUGGAUAUUACAGCACGAGUCAUUUCCAUUCUCAUGUUUCGACUUGCACAUGAACCAGAAUAUCAAGAGCAACUAUUUCGCGAAUGUGUUCAAGUUUUUGGAGAACCAUCGAUCGAUGAAAUCACUUCCGAAAAUGGUCUAACCGUCACAUUUUCACAUUUCAAACAAUUGAAACUCGUGAAACAUUUUGUCAGCGAAAGUAUGAGAUUGAAUCAUGUUGGCUAUGUGGCUAGUACUCGAUUUUUACAAAACGACAUUACCCUUGGAGGAUAUUUCAUUCCAAAAAAGACACAAGUCAUGUUAUUUGAAAAUCCAGCAUUCACUGAGAAAUAUGUUCCUCAUUGUACACAAUUUAUUCCAGAACGAUACAAUCCAGAUUCGCCGUAUAGCAUCAAACAUCAUUCAAGUAUAACCAAUCCAUUCGGUUUAGGAGCAAGACAAUGUCCAGGUUCACGAGUAGCAAAAACAGAAGUCAUCAUGUCUCUCAUUAACAUCAUUCGACACUUCAAGUUGAAACAUUCAGGAGAUGAAUUUCCCAAAUUCGAAGAUAAUCAAUCUCUCUUUUACAUUGACAUGGAAAAGUACAAGUUGUACUUGACACCUAGAGAACAUUUGGCAAAACAUGGUUCAUUGGACAAAUUGUUUGUCCAUCCAUGA